GAGGACGCGCGUUUCUUCUAUUUUUCACAUUUUGGCGGACUUUCUUCCUCAAUCCAAUUUCACUCAAACUCUUCCAAUUUUCAUAUCACUCAUUCUUCUCUCCCAUGAAACAUUCAUCAAUCUCCAAUUUCAUAUCAUCAAAAUACUCAAAAAUCUGAAAUCCAUAUUGCCACCGCUGCAGCGUCGUCAUCGCCGAGCCGCCGCUGCGCCGUCAUCAUCGCCGAGCCACUGCUGCGCCGUCAUCAUCGCCGAGCCACUGCUGCGCCGUCGACAUCCUGUCGCCGCUGCGCCUUCUGCUCACACCCUCGUCUUGUAGCUAGCGCUGCAACCUCUGUUCUCCCCCCAAUUUAAGAAGCCUAGGUUUUUAUUGAAGUAGUUGAGUUUCGAGCUUCCUUCAAUCCAAACUUCAUUAUUAUGGCGCCAAACACGAAAUCUCAUGGAAAUCGUGGAAGACAUUCAAGGCGUGCACAAAAUGACAGCCCUGAUUCCGUUGAUGAUUUAACUGAUACCCAAUUAGGCCUAGAUCAUAUUGAAAGACCCGCUAAUAUGCAACUAAGAAAACCUCGUACUAAUAGAGGUUGGCAUCAAAGGAGUGAGCAAAACAAUGACAUCCUUGAUUCAUUGAAUGACUCAUCCGAGCGUGAGAUAGGCUUAGAUCAUAUUGAAAGGAGCGCGGACAUUCAAGUAAGAAAACCUCGUACCAAUAGAGGUUGGCAUCAAAGGACUGGGCAAGAAAAUUACAUCAUUGGUUCAUUGAAUGACUCAUCCGAGCGUGAAAUAGGCUUAGAUCAUAUUGAAAGGAGUGCGGACAUUCAAGUAAGAAAACCUCGUACCAAUAGAGGUAGGCGUCAAAGGACUGGGCAAAAUAAUGACAUCAUUGGUUCAUUGAAUGACUCAUCUGAGCGUGAGAUAGUCCAAAACACAUCUGAAAAUGUCCAAGAAGUUGGUUGCAGAACAAGCAAAAAUAACUCUGAGAAUGUCACAACUGAGUUGGUAGAUGGCGGCAAUAAGAAAAAGAGGGCAAGAGGACCAACGUGCAUGCCAAAAGUUUGGGGCCUAAAUAAAAAUUUUAAUGUUUCUUUCAAUGAGCUCGGGCAACCUAAUGAUCGGAAGCAAACAAGCACGCUAGCUCAUUUUUUAGGUACUAUUGCAAGAAAUGGAUCAUUCUGCCCACUGCAUUAUACUGAUUGGAGAUUGAUGCCAAACUCAUAUAAGGAAGACAUGCUUAGAGAAGUGAAGUCGAGGUUUACUAUGCGAGCUGGCAGUGACAGUUUUAUACUACAAUCAAUUAACCAUAAGUGGAGGAAUUGGAAGUGUCAAUUGAAGAGUUUGAACUUUGACCCAAGUGUAUCUAUUGAAGAACAAUUGCUGACAGUACCAGAGAGGGUAAAUGCACAUCAAUAUAAGAAACUACUUGAUCAUUGGAAUACCGACAAAGCACAGGAACAUAGUGAAAAGAACAAAGAAGCUCGUGCUAAGUUGGAGAUUCCUCAUCGAAUGGGAAAAAGAAGUUAUGCAGUUAUGGCAGAAGUAAUGUAUGAAGAAUUGGGAAGACAUCCCACAAGAGCAGAGUUAUUUGAAAAGUGUUGUUAUCCUUCUAAUGGUUCUGCUACGAGUGAGACAGUUCGAGAAGCUAUUGAAAAGAUGAAAGAGCAAUCUAAACAAAACGAUGGAAAUUUAAGUGAUUGUGAUGUUGUGCAUGAUGCUGAUGAUGCUUUUGCAAAGAUAUUGGGCAAAGAUAAAGAUGGACGAUUGCGCAUGUAUGGCAUGGGAGUGAAGCCGAGUGAUAUCUAUGGUGGGAGACCAAGUCGUGAUGCACUUCAUAGAAAAUCUAUGGAAGACAAAGAAGAACUGAGAGCACUUAAACAAAAAGUUGAAGAGUUGACAGCUUUGGUGUAUAGCAAAUCACACUCGGAUACACGAAUUGAGACACAAAGAGCUCCAGUUUCAACCCACAACAAUCGUACUUCAUCUAAUUCAAGUGGCCGUCCAACUCGUAUAAGGGUUGGAGCCUGCGUGAAAUUAAAAAGCCUUGUUAAUUUGAAUGAAAUUGUUGCAAUUGGCAUUGUGAAAGAAAUAGGAAAUGUGUGGCUAAAUGGUAGGGACCUUGGGCCCGGAAUUUGUGAGGUAAUAGUUCAAACAAUUUUGAAGAAUGAAGAAAUGUUGAUUUAUCCAACAGACCUUCAUGAAACAAUUGGAGAUACUAUUGGAGCACCGAUCGCUUGGCCUUUAUCAUUGAUAGCUUUGGAUGAAGAUGAAAAUUGAUGCAGGAACAAGAUCGGAGGACCUUCAUGGAGGUGUUAUUUUUGCAUUUUGUUUUCUUAUAGAAGAUAGUAAACUUUGUGACUAUUUAAUUUUUCUUGUUGAUGUUGGACAUGAAUAAUAGGAUUUUUUAGUUAUAUCGAGUUGUCAUUUGGAUUGUUUAGUUAUUGAAAUGUGGAUGAUACUAUUUAUUGAUAUAUCAAAAGAAUAUAUUAUGAUUGUA